AUGCAGAGGCUCACCGUCUCCCCCGCCACGCGGGCCCUGCUGCGCCGCCAGUCAUCCGCCUUUGCGCCGGCACGCCUCCCCGCCUACGCCGCCGCCGUCACGGCGCGCCCAUCGCCCUUUUCGACACAACGGCGGUUACUCGACGCGCAAAAGAGCAACGCCGCGACAGCAGCGUCGCCCUCAGCCAAGCAACAACCAUCCUCCGAAGCUGCUGCUGGCGGCGCAAAGCCCGCCGCCGCUGAGGACAACCCGUUCGAGACAAACUUUGCGGGGCUCGGGCUCAGCAAGAACAUGAAGGUGUUCCUCAUCAUCGUCGUGUCCAUAUUCGGCACCAUGGAGACGUGGAUGUACUGCAAGGCCAUCUGGCGGUGGUGGAACGGCGCGGGCGACGAAAAGGCGGCGGCGCUGCAGGAGUAG